AUGGACGGCUCGAUGGAGAUGAGCAACGGCGACGGCGGCCACCACAGCAGCAGUCCGGAGAGUCCUGGAGCACGCCCCAGCGCUACCAAGAGGGAGGGUCGCGAAAAGUCGGAGCGUGAGAAGCGCACCUAUAGGGCAUGCCUUCACUGCCGCCAGCGGAAGUCGCGUUGCGAUCUAUACAGCAGUGGGGAGCCUGGCAGGCCUCCCUGUGAGAGAUGCAUUCGGGAGCAACACGAAUGUAUCCUUGGCGGCUCUCGUCGUGGCGGUCGGCGCGUGAAGAGGAGCACUUCUGAUGCUGCCAACGCCAACACUCAACCUCAAAAUCAAGUGCCUAGCAUCGACAGUGUCAUCAGACCCGUACCGCUACCGCAUCUUCGUACAGAUCAGCAUGACCCGCACACUCGACAGCAAUGCCUGCCGAGCUGGAGCGCCCUCAAUCCGGACUCACGGAUCCUGCCGCCUUUGUCACAGCAAGAUGGGCCCGCAACUCCCACUGCUAAGAUGACUGUAGACGAGACCGUUGCUUCGACCGACUUGCAGAACCCGGCCGAUGCUUUGGAAUUCCUUGCCAACGUAGCGGAACGUGAUUCUGGAAGUAAUCAGCUGCCCCCAAUGCAUAGCUCAGUCUAUGGCAGGCCAUCGAGUCGUCUGAAUGUGCCCGGCCUCGAUGGCUCGCGGCCGUCGAACCAGCCCACGCCUAAUAAUGUCAUCGACUACCCACCUCUCACCAAGGGUCAGCUUAGCCUGGAGAUGUUGCAAGCAUUGCUAUAUCGAUAUGAGGACAAGUACCACCCAUUCUUUCCACUAGCCAAUCCUGCCGCCAUGGACCCAAGCAACCUGCCGACCAUCGCUGCCCAGGAACCACAUCUACUAGCCGCGAUCUUGACUGUGGCUUCGAAAGACGAGAAGGACUGGUGGCAAGUACAUGAUGACUGCUCGACGCACAUGCAGUCUUUAGUGGCUAGUCUUGUCUACAGUGGCUCUGGAUCUGUAGAGGCUGUGGAGGCCAUGCUCAUUCUCGCUGAAUGGGUACCACGCAGGCCGCAUAAUACUCCGUCCAUCGGGCGUGGCGAGGAAGACCAGGCGGCAUGGAUGUAUGUUGGUACAGCCAUACGACUGGGCUACCUCCUUGGCAUUGACAGGACCGGCUUCCGUGCAGAGAGUGAAUCACAGACUGCGGACCUCAAUCGGAAACGUCUUGCCUGGGCCAGCUGCUACAUGAGUGACCGGCAGAUCUCAGUCAGAAUAGGCAAAGCUUUCUGGUCGCGAGGCCCUGGACCUAUGACGGCGUUGCGGGCGCAAGACUUUCCUAGUCUUUACCCACGCCUGCACAGGCACGAUGACUUUGCGGCCAUCUACCAGGCUAAUCUGGAGCUGACCCAGCUAUUCAGCAAUGCUCACGAUGUUCUCUAUGCGACCAAAAGCCGAUCGAACCAGCUCAACUACGGAGGAGAGUAUGUGAAGUAUAUUGACGACUUUCGUGUUGCUCUUCGGCACUGGAACGACCAAUGGGGCGUAUUCACAUGUUCGCCGCCACUCAAAGCAAGCUUGAUUUUAUCAUAUGAGUAUCUUCGUCUCUACGUCAACGCCUUCGCCUACCAGGCAACUUUGAACCGCCUCAUCAACCAGAUGAAGGAGGCUAUCGACAACGGAGAGAAGCCACGUGGACCCGCUUACCCAUUCGCGGAUAUGGCUGCUACUCCCGAUGCGCGCUUCAUCUACGAUGCUAUCGAUGCCGCAAAAGCCUUGCUCAGCACAUUCUGCAGCUUUGUCGAUCCUCAAGACACGUUUCGGUUCAUGCCGUUACGAUACUAUCUCUACGUGAUCUAUUCGGCAGUCUUUCUGUACAAGGCACGAUCCACUGGCGUGAUGGGUGGCGACACGAGAGGAUCUGUGAAGCGACUGAUCAGUGACACGAUGGACAACCUGCAGAAAUCGAGUGCCUGCCCGAAUGACGUUGGAGAGCGGUAUUCGCGAUUGAUCAAGCUGCUUUGGAGAAAGGCACCCAGCAGAGGCAGUAUCGCCGUACCGAACGAGAUGCCAAGACCAGGAACUGCGCAACUCAGUCAGCCCAACGACCAGGGCAUGCCCAAUCGUGGGGAGCCAAAUCCGACGGAGAUCCCACCACCAUCGAUCAACCAAUUCAGCUGGCUGGAUCUAGGCGCUGUUGGUGACUUCGCUGUCGAGAACAACAACUCCAUUGCUGGAAGCAUGAUGGACAAUCUGGAUCGAUUCGAAGACAGCUCUGCCGAUGGCUUCUCUCAGUUUGACCCAAGCUUGAUGGUAUCUCCACAACAGUUUCCUUGGAAUGGACUGUCGCCCAAUGGCAUCAUUUUCUGA